UAGCGGCCUCUAUAGAAAAAUGCCGGAAUAUUUUUUUCAUGAAACAAGCAGGUUUAGAAAAUGGCCCCUACGUGUAAAACGAUAUUUUGUUUCGGCAUAAAUACUACCAAAUAUUUUUGGAAAGUAGUAGGCUUUUCUAAUGCACAAAAUGCUCUGUGUAGGAACUUAUUUACGAUAUCACCAAUUUAUGAAAGUUAUCUAAAACCUUCAUUUCUCUCUGGAAUCAUGAGUAUUCGUCAGAAACACUGGGAUCCAAAAUUUAAAAAAGAAAGAAGUAAAAAGAUGAUCAAAGUAAAACUUCCUGACUAUGAAGAAAUGUACCAAAAUAAGGAUUUGACUCCUGAUGAAAUAAGAGCAAAGAUGAAAGAAAAAGGUGUGGCGCCUCCUAGACCAUGGAUGGAGAAACCUAUUUAUAUCAGUUGUACAGGUGCCAUAUUUGAGCCUUAUGUCCCCCCUGAAGGAGAUGGAAAAAUUUCUGUCAUCUCAACUGCUGGAGCGAAGCAAAGAAUGACAUUUCUUGAGAAAAAAGGAAAAUCUUACCUGGCUAUCAGAAAAAUUCGGUCUUUUGAAGAUGACUUUGAUGUUCCAGAAUUAGCAGAAAAGGCUCAGACCAUCUAUAUUGAAGCAAUCAAAGCUCUUGUUGCGAAGAACAAACACAAAGUUCAUGAACUAGUCACAGAGAAAUGUUAUCCGGAAUUAAUGUAUCAAACAUAUAGGAAAACAAUCCGUUGGGACUUUAUUAAGUCACUGGAACCUCCCAGGGUUGUACAGGUGCGGUGUACAGAUGUGCUCACCAAAGACAACGUGUAUGCCCAGGUCACUGUUCGAAUGCACAGCCAACAGACUCUGGCUAUUUAUGACAGAUUUGGAAGGUUAAUGUAUGGAAGUGAAGCUGUUGUAAAGGAUGUGCUUGAAUAUGUGGUGCUUGAAAAACAUCUGGCUAAUCAAUAUGGAAUGUGGCGGAUUCAUGGAAAGAUCGUACCUGAAUGGAUGCCUCCUAAAGAUCCUAUUCUGAAGACUUUCAUAAAAAAAGAUUUUCAUGCAGAGCCAAAAACAGACACAGUUGUUCCAACUGGUGACGUAAUAGUUCAAAAGUCAGAUAUGUCCACUGUGGCUGUUUAAUAUAUGUUGUUGUUAUUUGACUGUGUAUCUAGCUUUGUUUAUUUUCAUUUUUUGAAUAUUAAACCAUAUGCAUAUUACUUAUAAUCAUAUAUAUUUAUUUGAUUUUAUUAUAUUGUGUAUCUGCAUUUAUUGCAUAUAAAUGGUAAUUAACCCAGAAUCAAAAAGAUUUGAGCAUGACAACAAUUAUCAAUUAAAUACAACAAAGUAGAAAAAAAAUAAUGAAAACUAUUGAAAUAAUAUCAUGGUCCACCAUACUAGUAUAACUUUUUUCUGUUAUAGAAGACUGUGGAUGUUAUGAAGAACAUAAGGUAUAGUUAGUACAUUUGGAUGUCUUAACACAGUCUGGUACAUCCUUCACUGUUUUGGUGAAAAUUAUAAGUUCAAAAAUAUUUUAAGAAACAGCCAUUCACCAGUAACAUCUGUAGUUACUAUGAAAAGAAUAUUUGUUCAUUUAGUGAAAGUGUUAUUGAUUUUCAUAUAUGACCAAGUAGAAGUUAAAUACUACUUUAAUAAUAUUUAGUUUGGCCAACACCAUUGCUGGUUCCCACGUAUUUGUAUUAUAACCUUAAAUGGUGAUGAUAAAAAAAUGUCAUCAAUAACUACAAAACAGUUGUCAGGCAUAAACUAGUGUUCCUGACACAAGUUUCUCAGAAACCAAAUUGUCUCUCAAACAGAAAAUUUGAGUUUAAGAUGUUGGUAUUAUUGCUAUUACAAGUGAUUUUUCAUGAACAGGAGAAUGUCCUGAUCAAUUAUCUUAAUAUUUUAUUUUAGAUACUAUGAAUAAAAAGUAUUACACAAGUU